UAAAUGCAUACACUUUUCGAUGCUUUGGAACGCAGUUGCUCGAGUGCAGUGAGUGCGUAUUGUGGGAGGUAACGCCUCGGUGCGAUCCUCCCCGAAAGGAAAAAACCGAAAAGUGGUGUUAGUUGUCGAAGAUGGAGAGUCGCGUGCUUAGCGGACCCACGCCGGAAGAGACGACAGCGGCGGUAACCACAAGCUGUGGUAUCGGGACACCCUCUCCAGUGGCAACGGCACCGAUCAACGCGGUUCCCGGCGUCGCUGGUGCCGGCGCUCUCACUUCGGCCACUUGUUCCACACAGAAUCCUGUGGUCGUGGUGGCAAGCCCUCCAACCAAGCAUCAGCAGCCUGCCGCUGUGCUGUCCACUAUCCCUACUGUCCCUACUGUCCCAACCGUUUCCGCUGUCACCGCGGUUACCGCUGCUGUGCCGAAGAUACUCAGCAGAAACGUCAAUGGCACGCUGGUACAGACGUCCGUACCUCAGAAUGAAGCGGAACUACAACUAUACAGGGUGAUGCAACGUGCAUCUCUGUUGAGCUACUAUGACACUCUUUUAGAAAUGGGUGGUGACGACGUACAACAAUUAUGUGAUGCUGGAGAAGAGGAAUUUCUAGAAAUUAUGGCGCUCGUUGGUAUGGCAAGCAAGCCCCUUCAUGUCAGAAGACUUCAGAAAGCUCUUCAGGAAUGGCUUACAAAUCCUUCACUUUUUCAAACACCAGUCGUACCGACAACUACAUGUAAAACUCCCGCUGGUAUAGGAUUCCCCUGCGUCAGUCCUAGGCCGCAAGUGCAAAAUCUACAAGGUUUCACAACCACCUCGCAAACGCCAACUCCUACACCUUAUGUCUCGUCACAUGUAUCCUUAACACCGUUACCAUGCAGAAGUACCAGCCCUAUCGUGUCUGUUACAAGUGUAACAGCACCAGUCGCCUCGACAACAUUUCGACAAAGUCCAAGUCCCAAUACACCUUUACCUUAUGCUACUUCUCACAGUCCUGGCGUACUGCAGGUAGGAACAUGUGAGUCAUCCUGUGGCAGUGGUGCAACACCAAGUCCUAGCGGUGGUGGUGGUGCACCUGCAAGUCCAACUCAACCCACCCCAACACUUCUGCAAUCCCAAAUACAAAGACUUGCAGAAGCAGCUGAAAGACUUGCUACCACCAUACGACCUGUCGAUCCGAAACCUCAUAAUGUUAAGAAAAAAAUUUGCAAAAAUUUAGAGAUGGUAAUGGCUAUGCCUGAUAGUGAUCCACAUAGAAUGGAAGAAAUUCGAAAAUACGCAGCAAUUUAUGGAAGGUUUGACUGUAAGAGGAAACCGGAGAAGCCAUUGACAUUGCACGAAGUGUCAGUAAAUGAGGCUGCUGCACAAAUUUGCAGGUUCGUACCUGCCCUUCUUACUAGAAGAGAUGAACUUUUUCCUUUGGCCCGCCGUGUUGUGAGAGAUUCUGGGUAUCAUUAUUCAAAAAAUCAUUACUUAUCCGUGUCGAGGCCACGUGAAAAUGGCGAAGAAAACGAAGCCGAGCGAACAAAACGACAAAAGCUCGAGCUUGAGGGUGAGAAUGAAGAUGCGACGCAGGAGGAGUUGGAUUUACGUUGUCCCGAAAUGGAUAUAAAUAACUCGACAAUCAGAAGACAUAGAUCUUCAAGUCCAGUUUGGAGGAAGAAGAAUAACAAUGGUAUGUUCAGUGCGAGUAUCGAAGAGAUUAGUGACUCUGAUAGUCAGCUUUCAUUUUCAAAUGAAGAAUCAUCAUCGAUACACGACACUAAUGAAGUUGAAGCAGAUAAUACAGAUAAAGAAAGUGAUUUCAAUCUUAAGGUAAUAGCUUCACGGGGAGACAAUAUAAUUGCAGUAGCAAAUCCUGCAUUAAUGGAAUGUAGUCAUCCUAUAAAAGAAGAACCAACGGACGAAAAACCAACGCUGUGA